AUGAUUAAUGAGUAUGAGCGUAUUAAAUUUAUUUUUCCUCGGUAUGAAAAAUUUAUCAUAAUGGUAUAAUGACAAAUAAAAUUAGGACUUUAAUACAAAAAUAGCUUUAGAGGAUGUAAAAUUCACAUUCGUAAAUGUAUUGAAAGUUGACCUUUUUGCUCGAAAACUAGUAUUUUUAAUAACUAAAGGUCUCAUCUAAACUGAGUUGGAUUCUCAAAAAAGUCUCUAAGGAUAGACAGUUAUCAACAAAUUGAAAUAGGAAAAAUCGCAAAUUGAAAUUGUUGUUAAAUUUUUAGAGGAUGGUGCAUGA